AUGCAAUAUGCAAUACCUGUCAAUCAUGUUUUGGAGAGUGGCGAAAAGAUUGGUUUGAAACAUUUCAAGCCUGCCAAACCUUUGGGAUCUGGUGACACUGGCAGUGUGCAUUUGGUGCAAUUGUUAGAAAUGGGAGAGUACUUCGCAAUGAAGGCUAUGAAUAAGAAUGUCAUGCUUAAUCGCAAUAAGGUCCAUAGAGCUACUGCAAAGAGAGAAAUACUUGAUAUGUUGGAUCACCGUUUCCUUCCAACAUUAUAUGCAUCUUUUCAGACUAAGACGCACAUUUGUCUAAUUACUGACUACUGCCUUGGUGGAGAGCUCUUUUUACUUCUAGAGAGGCAACCUUUGAAGGUCCUCAGGGAAGAUGCUGUUAGAUUCUAUGCUGCAGAAGUAAUUGUCGCACUUGAGUACCUGCACUGCCAAGGUAUAAUCUAUCGAGACCUAAAGCCAGAAAAUAUCAUGCUUCAGAGAGAUGGACACAUAGUCCUCACAGAUUUUGAUCUUUCAUGUUUGACAUCUUGCAAACCAGAGCUCCUGCUUCCCGAUUCCGUGGAUAAAAAGAAGCAUUCAAAAGGACGAAUUCCUCCAGUUUUCGUAGCUGAACCAAUGCGAGCUUUGAAUUCUUUUGUUGGCACUGAAGAAUACAUUGCACUAGAGAUUAUCACUGGAGUUGGACAUACUAGUGCUGUUGACUCGUGGGCUCUUGAUUGA